GCCCGAGUGCGGGCGGUGGAAGGCGGAAGUGGGCGAGGAGUUGGGCGCCGCUUCUGUGGCCGGGGCAGUUUCAUGGUGAUGAUAUGGCAUCUGCCAGCUCCAGCCGGGCAGGAGUGGCUCUGCCUUUUGAGAAGUCUCAGCUUACUUUGAAAGUGGUCUCAGCAAAGCCCAAGGUGCACAAUCGACAACCUCGAAUUAACUCAUACGUGGAAGUGGCGGUGGAUGGCCUCCCCAGUGAGACCAAGAAGACUGGGAAGCGCAUCGGGAGCUCUGAGCUUCUCUGGAAUGAGAUCAUCGUUUUGAAUGUCACGGCCCAGAGUCAUUUAGAUUUGAAGGUCUGGAGCUGCCAUACCUUGAGAAAUGAACUGCUAGGCACUGCCUCUGUCAACCUCUCCAAUGUCCUGAAGAACAAUGGGGGCAAAAUGGAGAACACGCAGCUGACCCUGAACCUGCAGACAGAGAACAAAGGCAGCGUUGUCUCGGGUGGAGAGCUGACAAUUUUCCUGGACGGGCCGACUGUUGAUCUGGGAAGCGUGCCUAAUGGCAGUGCUGUGACAGACGGAUCACAGCCACCUUCGAGAGAAUCUAGUGGGACAACUGUUGCUCCAGAGAACCGGCACCAGCCCCCUAGCACAAACUGCUUUGGUGGGAGAUCCCGGACGCACAGACAUUCAGGUGGUUCAGCCAGAACAACCACAGCAACCAGUGAGCAAAGCCCUGGUGCUAGGAACCGGCACCGCCAGCCCAACAAGAACCCAAGCCACAAUGGCUUGGCCAAUGGCACAGUGAAUGAUGAGCCCACUGCAGCCACCGAUCCUGAAGAACCUUCUGUCGUUGGUGUAACGUCCCCAUCUACUGCAGCCUUGAGUGUGACCCCAAACCCCAACACGACGUCUCUGCCCACUCCAGCCAUACCGGCUGAAGGAGAGGAACCCAGCACUUCGGGCACACAGCAGCUCCCAGUGGCUGCUCAGGCCCCCGAUGCUCUGCCUGCUGGAUGGGAACAGCGAGAGCUGCCCAAUGGACGUGUCUAUUAUGUUGACCACAAUACCAAGACCACCACCUGGGAGCGGCCUCUUCCUCCAGGCUGGGAGAAACGCACAGACCCCCGAGGCAGGUUUUAUUAUGUGGAUCACAACACUCGGACCACCACCUGGCAGCGCCCAACGGCUGAGUAUGUGCGGAACUAUGAGCAGUGGCAGUCACAGCGAAAUCAGCUCCAGGGGGCCAUGCAGCACUUCAGCCAGAGGUUCCUCUACCAGUCUUCGAGCACUUCGACUGACCAUGACCCCCUGGGUCCCCUCCCCCCUGGCUGGGAGAAGAGACAGGACAAUGGACGGGUGUAUUACGUGAACCACAACACUCGCACUACCCAGUGGGAGGACCCUCGGACCCAGGGGAUGAUCCAGGAGCCAGCUCUGCCCCCAGGGUGGGAGAUGAAAUACACCAGUGAGGGGGUGCGAUACUUUGUGGACCACAAUACCCGCACCACCACCUUUAAGGAUCCUCGCCCGGGGUUUGAGUCGGGGACGAAGCAAGGUUCCCCUGGUGCCUAUGACCGAAGUUUUCGGUGGAAGUAUCACCAGUUUCGUUUCCUCUGCCAUUCAAAUGCACUACCCAGCCAUGUGAAGAUCAGCGUUUCCAGGCAGACGCUUUUUGAGGAUUCUUUCCAGCAGAUCAUGAACAUGAAGCCCUAUGACCUACGCCGCCGGCUCUACAUCAUCAUGCGUGGUGAGGAGGGCCUGGACUACGGAGGCAUUGCCAGGGAAUGGUUUUUCCUGCUGUCCCACGAGGUGCUCAACCCCAUGUACUGUUUAUUUGAAUAUGCCGGGAAGAACAAUUACUGUCUGCAGAUCAACCCUGCCUCCUCCAUCAACCCCGACCACCUCACCUACUUCCGCUUUAUUGGCAGAUUCAUCGCCAUGGCGCUGUACCACGGAAAGUUCAUCGACACAGGCUUCACCCUCCCUUUCUACAAGCGGAUGCUCAACAAGCGACCAACCCUGAAAGACCUGGAAUCCAUCGACCCUGAAUUCUACAACUCCAUUGUGUGGAUCAAAGAGAACAACCUAGAAGAGUGUGGCCUGGAGCUGUACUUCAUCCAGGACAUGGAGAUCCUGGGCAAGGUGACCACCCAUGAGCUGAAGGAAGGUGGCGAGAGCAUCCGAGUCACUGAGGAGAACAAGGAAGAGUACAUCAUGCUGCUGACUGACUGGCGUUUCACCCGAGGCGUGGAAGAGCAGACCAAAGCCUUCCUGGAUGGCUUCAACGAGGUGGCCCCUCUGGAGUGGCUACGCUACUUUGAUGAGAAAGAGCUGGAGCUGAUGCUUUGUGGCAUGCAGGAGAUAGACAUGAAUGACUGGCAGAAGAACACCAUCUACCGGCACUACACCAAGAACAGCAAGCAGAUCCAGUGGUUCUGGCAGGUGGUGAAGGAGAUGGACAACGAGAAAAGGAUCCGGCUGCUGCAGUUUGUCACCGGAACCUGCCGUCUGCCUGUUGGGGGGUUUGCCGAACUGAUCGGUAGCAAUGGACCGCAGAAGUUUUGCAUUGACAAGGUUGGCAAGGAGACCUGGCUGCCCAGAAGCCACACCUGUUUCAACCGUCUGGAUCUCCCACCCUACAAGAGCUAUGAACAACUGAAAGAGAAGCUUCUGUAUGCCAUUGAGGAGACCGAGGGCUUUGGUCAGGAGUAACUGAGCUGCCCCUCCCACCCCCCAGCACACACGUAGUCCUGAGUCCUCCCUGCCUGAGAGUCUGCUGGCUGCGUAACCCUUGGGAGGCCCCCAUGGAUGGUGGCCCUGCGUGGGACCACACUGUCAUCACGUUGUGGCAGAAGAGCUUGACCCCAGGAGGCCCUGUGGCCCUCCUCCCUCCUACCCGCUGGUGGCAGUCUGGAAUAAAACCCCCUAGUCACCUUUGGCCACACCACCCAUUGCAAAGUCCAGAGGGCUGACCCUGUCUGCAGACUCUCCCCUCCCCUGGGCCCAACCCUGGGUGUGCGUGAGUGUGCGGGGAAGGUUUCCGUCUCAGGGCUGCAGCAGAAGCUACUUGGGGUAGCUUUCUGGACGGAGAAAGCCAAGGGUCCUUGUCAGUAAAAGAGGUUCUGUCUCCAGUAGAACUUGCCCAGUGAUGUGUAUAAAUGAAGGUCUGGGGAGAGGACUCUGUCGGGGCGGUCCUUACUUGCCUCCCUAACGGGCUCCAGUGUGGAGGCUGAGCCGCGAGGACGGCGCAGCUGGCCAGUUCCUUGUUCCUCGGCAGAUAAAAGAUUGCACAGCUGCUAGGCAUCAGUGGGGCAGAAACAGCAAACUCCCUCAGGCUUUUAAAAAAUUUUUUCACAUAAACUUGAAGCAUUUGUGCAUGGGGUUGCUCUUGUUUUGUUUUGCCGCGGCCACUUUCUGUCAAGGAGCCAACACCCCAGCAGUUCGGGAACCUUGAGGGACCCAGCGUCAUUGGCCGAGUGUUUCCCAAACAGCUGCUGCUCUCAGGAACUUGCCAAGCAGUUCCGUGAGCUCAGGAAGGCCUGACCUGUGGCUCAGCUUCACAAUGGCUUAGCCCCUGAGCUUGACAGAGAGGACAGGGUUGGGCUCCUAAGUGCCACUGCCAACCUGGCCGCCUUCGAGUGAGAAGGAAUCCCUUUGCUAGAUGCAGUCAUCCAGGUGGCCCCAAUGACGGGGCAGAUGGGUCUGACACGACUCCCUUGCUAGCCCCUGGAGCUCCAGGUGGGCCCAUCCCGUUUAGAAUGAAGUGCGUGCUGGCCAGCUGAAAGUGUUCAUUCUGCAUAGGUGCAAAGCUUUAUCAGCAUGCAGGAAACGAUGCGAUCACAAACCAGCAGAAGGGCCUGAGCCGCUGCCUGCAGCCUGACUUGAUUUCUGCAGUUCCCUCCUACGGUGUCUGGCGUGGGCACUCUGCCAUUGAUAUCUUCAAGGAGAACAUGCUUCUCUGGGGGUGGUGAUCAUAGCCGACCCCCCAGUCCAGGCUUCGGGGUUCUCUGCUGAGUGCCAGCUGCAGACUGGCUUCCUAGGACCCCAGGCAGGAUCUGAGACCUGUCCUGGGAGCCUUCUGAAGACAGUCUCACGCUCGCAGGUCCUCGUCCUUCCCCAGCCCAUGGAGGUACAGGCUGUGUCCGCCUGUGUUGUUUGUGCUGAUUUGAGUGGUCAGCUCACUGUAGUUCCACCUUUUCUCUCCCUUUCAGCCAUCUGUGUACUUCCCUGUGGCAUGUCACUAGGCAGGCCACUCCAUCGGUGGGUAGGGGUGCAGGCUGCCGUGUGAGGUUUGGAAGCAUCAGGCUCACAGGUGUUCAUGUGUAUUCGUGUGUGUGCAUACAUACGUGUGGAUAACUGAAGUGUCUGUAUGGAAUGCCCUUCGGUAGCACUGGGUUGGUCACCAGAUUGUUUUGUAAUUCCCCGUCCCCCACCCUGCCUCGGUAUUGCCAGUUUCUUGUGCAAUAAACAAUCAGCAGCUGUA